UGACAAGAAUGGCAACUUGACCCAAGACGCCUGUAUUCAUGCCACACACAAGCGGGGAAGAAGGCACCGAAAUUAAGUGGCUCUAGAAUGCUGAGUGAAGGUGGCAGCAUCUCAGAUUGAUUUAACCAACUGACCGAAGUAAGAAAUCUGUGGACGGUCAUACGGUUGGACAACAGACAAAAAAAGAUCUUGUCACAAUGACAAAAAACAAAAAGAACUCCUUUUCACCAUCAAGAAACCAUGCAAGAGAAUACCGUACAGAUGAUUCAUGUUCAAGGAUUGAAAGUGUUCGAACUAGUUUAUGGGAUCGCCGUUGGUUACCCGAUGUUCAGCUGUCUGUGAUUGUCACAAUGGCCACACUAAGCCUGUAUCUGAAGACCCUUCAUCCCUCCAUUGCUGGCGGGGACUCAGGCGAACUGGUCACAAGUGCCCAUGAAGUUGGGGUAGCGCAUCCCCCUGGAUAUCCAUUGUUUACCAUGACCGCCAAAGUUAUCAUAGAGAUGCUGCCCAUGUCUAAUGUAGCCUGGAGAGUAAACCUGUUAAACGCCAUCUACUCCGCCACAUCAGCUGGCCUUCUCAUGCUGGCUGUGAUUCGGCAGACUGGUUGCUGGAGUUCAGGGUUGCUAGCCGUGAGUCUGUUCUCAGCAAGCCGCGUGGCAUGGUUCUAUUCCGUUGUGGCUGAGGUGUUUGCCCUCAACAACCUGUUCGUGGCUCUUCUCAUGGUUCUAGCAGCGUGGUUUGAGUCCAGUAGAAGCAGCUAUAAACUGAGGGCAGCGAAAUAUGGUGCAUUUGUGUGUGGCUUAUCCUUAUGCAAUCAGCACACCAUUAGCGUGUACGUGGCAUGCUUUGCCCUGUGGGUCCUGGCCACCCUCUACAAACUGGAGAAGUUGACCAUUCGUACACUGAUACAGCUGAGCGGGUUGUUUCUGGCAGGUCUCCUACCCUAUGCAUACUUGCCUCUGUCUGCAUACCUGCAGCCUGGGCGCUGGACGUGGGGAGACCAGAGGACAGUGUCAGGCUUUCUGACCCACCUUCUGAGGGAGGAGUAUGGUACCUUUAGAUUGGCCAAUGAUGAAACAGACAGCAGCACAUUGACUGGAUUAAGGAUCAACAUUCAGCAUGUGUUUUCAGAGUUAACUUUUGUGUGCCCUGUGUUAGCAGUGUACGGAUUGUUUGUUGCCUGGAAGCGGUACCGCAGAGGUCAUGGGUCUAGCCUCUGUGUGAUGGUUGUAAUGCUCCUUCUCUACACUGGACUCUUUGCUUGGAGAGCCAAUCUAGAUACCUCAAACCCUCUCUUAUUGGGCGUUGUGGAGAGAUUCUGGCUUCAAAGUGACUUGAUGAUUGUGGUUUUGGCAGGUGUAGCAUUCAACCACAUAUUCAGCUUUCUUUCUGACCGCUUCCACCAAGCCGGUUUUGUCCAAGCCAUCUUGCCUUGUCUGCUGCUUUUAUAUCAAGUGAACAGAAACUGGUCAUUGUGUGACCAGAGUGGUAACCAGGUUGUGUAUGAGUUUGGUAAGACAGUCAUGGACAGUAUGCCCCCUCAUGCUAUUGUCUUGACCAAAGGGGACCUCUCCUCAAACGUCAUCAGGUAUCUCUCCCUGUGUGAAAACUACAGGCCUGAUCUCCAGGUGUUCGACCAAGAGGUGUUAACCUAUCCCUGGGCAGUUCCCAUGUUGAGCAGGUCUCAGCACAAGUUGAAGUUCCCAGGAGAGGUGCUGUACACGCAGGAUGGCAUGGUUCACGAUCCCACAGGGGGCUUGUCCUUCACGUUCAGGUCAUUCCUGGAUGCCAACUAUGAUAGAUACCCCAUAUUUGGAUGUGUUGGUGUUCAGGAGCAUGAACCCUCCUGGCAGAGCAAGUAUGAGUUAUGGCCCUUUGGCACCUGUUCCAAAUUUGUUAAAAAGGGUACAGAAUUUGAACCAGAGCUGUGGGCCAAGAUGACCGGGCACUUCGGUAUGCACUGGGCACAUCCAUAUCAAGGAUUUGAUAUAACAUCAUGGGAUCAUGUGGCAAACGAAGAAAUGUGGAAUGCGAAGAUUAGAACAGCAGCGUUUCUUUACGACAUGGGACAGCAUUUCUUAGACCAGGAGGACAUGGGGGUUCCAUUCUUCCUUCAGGCAUAUAAGCUGUACUUGCGUGCCAUGGAGAAUAAUGCUGAGUAUCCAGUCUUUUGGCAUAAAAAUUUUGCUUUGGUCUGCAGAAUGUUGAUAAACAUGCCAAAUACGGACUUGGACCGGUUGAGUCUAGUUGAUGAAACAAUAAGACAGUUUCAGAUUUACAUUGAUGAAACUCCCCAUGAAGAGGACCCAUCGGUUGAGCAUAUCAAACCAACCAUCGCAGCUUUGCAUGAUUUCAAAAAUCAAAUGUAUGCUUAAAGCUGAAAUGAAAAUUCUUUUUGUAAAAUGGAAUUCUUUCACACCAUAGGAAGAUCACAUGAAAAUCUGAAGAAACUUGGAUUAUUAAACCUCCAGCAUUGUAUAAUGAUGUCCGUUAUCUCCGCAGUACAGUUCUGGUCUUGAAGUUCAGUUUAGAUUGGCCAUCAAGAUGCUGGAAGAUUUACUUUGCCGUUUAUAUGCAGGGUGGAGCAAAAGUCUGGACCCAUAGGCAAUUUACUAUAUAACAAGUACUAAAAGAUAACAUCAAACAAGAAAUUGAAACCAUAAGAGUGAAUUACUCUAUGCUUCGAAAUGUGCAUAGAUCAUGUGUCUCUGGAGUAAGAAAGUGUUUGGAGGAAGGUGGAAGUCAGUUCGAACACUUAUUGUAAACUGAAAAUUGUUAUAUAGUAAAUUGUCUAUGGGUCGGGACCAUCCAGACUUUUGCUCCACCCUGCAUAUACUGACAUAAUUUUGCACGUAAACUUCAGUAUCUGUAGGGGCCUCUGUGGCUGAGGUGGUUAGCACACCGUUGCUGUGAGUUCAAGUCCAGCUCAUGGUGGCUUCCUCUCCGGCCAUACGUGAGAAGGUCUACCAACAAUCUGUGGAUGGCCAUCGGUUUUGCCUGGGCUCAGCCCAGUUUCCUCCCACCAUAAUGCUGGUCAUCGUCUUAUAAGUGAAAUAUUCUUGAAUGCGGUGUGAAACACCAAUCAAAUAAAACAAAUCAAUAUCUGUAUAAUACCAUGUACAUGCAAGCUGUUAUUCCUCAUCUGCUCUAAAAAGAUAAAUUCAUGUAUUAUGCUGAUCCAUUUUAACUCUUGUGUAGCCUUGUCAGCAACACAAAAUUCUUGACUGUGUCUUUUUUCUACAUUGGGAAUCAGGUGAAGUGACUUACAUUCUUUGUCAGAUAUUUUGCUGAAAAGUUAAUCUUAUCCCAUGAUUCACAUGUGUUUGGAGUUCAUAGCUUAAACCAUGGCUGAUUUAACCCUUACGCUAGCCCAUAAUAUAUCACAGAUCAAGUCACAUGUAUGAUGUCAUUUGUGUCUGUUUUUACUGCUUCAUUUGCACAUUCUCUUUUACACAUAUGAAUGAUUGAGGUUUAAUGUCAUAUCAGCACUAUUUCAGCUAUCCUAUGGCAAUUUUGAGCAAAUGAUUUCACAUGGUCUCUAUCACAAGCAGUUAACAUGCCACACGCCAUGCCAACUGUUGUAGCCAAACAGGUUUGCACCGUGAUCUGUUCAAAGACAACCAGGCAUGAUGGUUUUGUGUGAAGUGCAUGUACAUAUAGUACUGUAUGAUAACAAGAUUUUCCCAGUAUAAGAAAGUUAUUUGCUUAGCUCCACCCAUUCUCCUUCAAGUAUCUUAGCCUUUGGGCCUUAGUUGCUAAAGUGCACAUCGUAUGUAUUCAAGGUACAUAAACAAGAGUACCUCACAGCAUACGUUUAUUUCAGCUUAUAAUGGUCACAGUCAGCCUUUUGUCUUCCUCAGUGAGUUGCUUCCUUGCCUUCCUCUUGCAUAGCAGGGUAGUUAGUUCAUGAAAAAUGACACAGAAUUAUAUAUAAUUUAUGGUACCUUCUUCAGAGUUUUCAGCUGCCUCUGCAACCAAUAUUUUGAAGCAUUUUGAAGCAUAGAACUAUGGGUGUAGAGAAAUAAUUUGAACAGUUUUAUGAAACUUGAAUCUUUAAUGACCCAAACAAAUCACUUUUAGUGUCAUUUUCAUAAAACUUGUAAUUGUAUACAUAUAUUUCACUGAAAAAUUGCUUUGGUGGUUGAAAACUUUGAAGAUUCACAGUAAUGAGUAAUCACACAAAAGCACUUGAACUGUAGGUUUGGUGUAAAUUAUUAUGCAGUAUGUCACAUGAUCUUGAUGUUGGUUUAGUGAAUGAUAUUACAUGUCUUUUUAAAAUGGCAAGAUAGAUAUUACACCUCAUGUGUUGAUGAUAUUAAGAUAUUUUAUGUCUGCAUUUUAGUGUAGUGAAAUGACUAAUACUUUUUCUUUUGUUUAUGGUAGUAUUGACCAUACAUGUGUUUACACUUGCCUUAACUUUUUUUGUGAUGAAUUAACCUGUGUUUCAUAAAAUUAUGAGAUGUUUGUAUGUGAAUCUGAGAGUUUCAUUGGCUCAAAACAUAUACUGUACAAUUAUAGCAUUUUAUGAAUGAAUUAUCACGAUGUACAACAUUUGGCAGUAUUGCAGCCAUUUUAGGAUGAGAACUUUUUCAAACCAGGCAAUAGAGCAUUUCAUAAUCAUGCUUGUCCGUGCAUGUGGAAGGUGGUUUACAGUCAAACUCAUGGUAGGUAAGAUAACAUGGACACUUUCUUAUUUCGCAACUCAUGAAGUUGUUAGAAAAAAAAAAAAAUCAAUUAAGAGAAUCCAAGAAGUCAUUACUAGUUGUACCACUUCCUUAAAUUUCUUCUCAUUUUUAGGACACAUAUUAGUAGUGUUGAAAGCAAAUACUCUUCUCUCAGUUUUUUUUUUUCCAGAAAAGUAAGGAUGUGUAUAUGUAUUUCAGCAGAUGGACUAACUAUAUGAAAGAAGAACAACCGUAUAUUCCUCUUGAAGUUAUAUAUAUUGGCUAAAAGAGCAGACCAGAUGUCCCAAAGCUUGGAAGAAUCAGGGUACAAGCAUAUGUCAAUUCAGUGGUUGCUUUCAUGGACAAGAUAGGUGGUGCCUGAAAUUCAGAAUACUUUAGACCUACUGUUACAAAAAAAAAAAAGAUAUAAAUAAAUAGAAAUAUGUAUGUAUACUUGUAUGUUCAAAUUUUCCUGAAUCAUGCUCUUACUUGUGUUUGUCAAGCAGGCGACAUUUCUGGCUGUUUAGAUUUAAUAGCGUUUAGUAGAGAAAGAGGAAAUUAGCACAUAUUCGCUAAACCUGAAACAUCCCACAAAACUACAUGUGAAUGGACCAUGUUAAAACGUUGGAUGCCAAAAAUUUGACUGUCAGACAGGCAGACAGACGCAUGAUGUGAGUUGAUAUACAGCUGCUACAGUUCAUUCUACAUUUUUCCAAGGAAUAUUUCAUCCCCAGUUUUAGGGCAGUGCAGUUGUUUGAGGGACAGGUAUGUGAAGGCCAAUUAUAAACAUGCAUGUACGUUGUAACAAGGUAAUAAUCAUGCAGAAAGACUGAGCCAAACUUUCAAAAGAGAAGGUUUCAUUAUGGUAUUGUUGAAAUAUUAUUGUUGUGGUAAUAAGUGACAAAGAUUAUAUUUGCAGUAGAUUGAUUUGUUGCUGGUAAUGUUAGGUGUACAUAUAAUCUUAGGAGGUAUAUGUGUAAGGUUUUCUCUUCCCAUUGAACAAAGUCCCAGCGAUAAAAUGAUAUAGAAUAUGUAUGUCUUCAUAUUGAUUUAUUUUUUGAUACAUUUUUGCUGUUAAUGUUACUGUUUUCUAGUUUUCUUCUUACUUAUUCCAUUACUUUAAGCUUGGCAUAACAAUGUUCUUGUAUUUAAUUAUGGAAGUGAGAGUUCCGGUGAUAUUCUGAUGGUCUCAGAUAUAUAUAUGUAACACUGUCUUUUCUUGUAAUGUAUGAGGCUGUUGGUGUAUACCUGUUUUAUGUGGAACGCCUUACAUAAGGGCAAUGGACAUUUUCAACAGUAUUGUAGCUUACCAUUACUAUUGUAAAGCAAGGUAUUUCAAAACAUACAGUAAAAUAUAGUGGUGUCAUCAUCAUUCACAGUUUCAUGUGGGCACCAAGUUGAGCAUUUACAAUAAACAUUAAUAGUAAAUGACCAGUAGUUUUUCACCAGCAAAAAAUAAUCCAUAUUAAAGAAGGAGGAUUAGCUGGUGAAAAAUCAAGUGAAGUUACUUAUGUUCUGAUAUGUGAUCUUCUCUUUAUGUUGUAUGGGACUUGGAUAACCAUUUACACAUGUUUUCCAAAUAUUCAUAGCAGUGUUUUCACCAUGGUGUUUAAAGUACUUACCUUACUAUUAUAAUUAUUGUUAUACACCUGCAAUAUUUGUUCUGCAGUGUUUUUUGGAGUUUUUUUUUCUCUCUCUACUUGAGUAACUUUGACAAGUCCCAGUGUUUUGCCCUCAAAAUGUUGUUUACAAGCUUUUACACCUAUACAAGAAGUCAUAUUUUAAACUUACACUAUUUUGUACAUAACGUGUGUAUUAGUUAUAGGUUGUUCAACUCCGUACUUAAUAAUGUUUAAUAAUAUUUACUACUAUGUCAGAUUAAUAAAAGAUAUAAUAUAGUAAUGCAA